UCUUCCAUUAGCGCCUCCAAUUAGGAAACACGUCUUCAUUAUUCCCUUUCCCUUUGACUGUUCUCUUUAUUUAUUCAUAUAUACACGCAAUCCCUUUUCUCUCCAUCCAAUAAUUUCCCAUAAACCCUAUAUUUCUCAUAACCUUUCUCUAUAUUUUAUAAGCAACCCCCCUUUCAAUAUUACCAUUUGACCCAAAUCUUCACUAAAAAAAAUCUCCUCUUUUUUUCCCCUUUAGAAUUUUGAUCAUGGAAGCAGGGACGAUCUCUCGGCUUCUUCAACCAAUGAAGCAAAGUUCAAACCCUUCCAAUUUCAGCUCCAACUCUUCGAUGUUCUGCCCUCGGACAAGGUUAAUGCCUGCUUGCCAUGUGUCACAUGGUGGACGAGAAAUGAAUCCUACCGAGCAGGAAUUAUCUCUGGUUUUAUCUUCAGAAAAUAAGAAGAGCAGUGUAUUUGGUGGAUUGUCUUUACAUCGUCCAGUGCACAAGAGAGAUCCAGUCGGCAAAAUGUUUUGUUCUGUCGGGGCGUAUACAUAUCCCGGGAGCAUUGCUGAAUCUCCUUCACAGACAACUGAAGAAAAGAUUGGGGUGCUACUUUUGAAUCUUGGAGGACCAGACACGCUUCACGAUGUUCAGCCUUUCUUGUUCAACUUAUUUGCUGACCCUGAUAUUAUACGUCUCCCUAGAUUAUUCCGAUUUCUCCAGCGCCCAUUAGCACAACUCAUUUCUGUUCUCAGAGCCCCGAAGAGUAAGGAAGGGUACGCUGCAAUUGGAGGCGGUUCCCCUUUACGAAAGAUAACAGACGAGCAGGCUAGCGCGCUAAAAAUGGCACUAGAAACAAAGGAAGUUCCUGCAAAUGUCUAUGUUGCAAUGCGAUACUGGCACCCAUUCACCGAGGAAGCUGUUCACCAGAUAAAAAGAGAUGGGAUUACGAAGCUCGUAGUGCUGCCUUUGUAUCCUCAAUAUUCUAUCUCUACAACUGGUUCGAGCGUCCGUGCCUUACAGAAUAUUUUCAAGGAUGACUCUUAUCUGUCUAGACUGCCAGUUGCUAUCAUUGAAUCCUGGUACCAACGACAAGGCUACAUCAAGUCCAUGGCAGACUUGAUUGAGAAGGAGUUGCAUAAUUUCUCCAACCCUGAGGAGGUCAUGAUUUUCUUUAGCGCCCAUGGAGUGCCAGUUAGUUAUGUUGAAGAUGCUGGUGAUCCGUAUAGAGAUCAGAUGGAGGAGUGCAUUUCCUUGAUAAUGAAUGAGCUGAAAGCUAGAGGAACUAACAAUCAUCAUACCUUGGCUUAUCAGAGCCGAGUUGGACCUGUACAGUGGUUGAAACCAUACACUGACGAAGUUCUUGUUGAGCUUGGCAAGAAAGGUGUAAAGUCUCUGUUGGCUGUUCCAGUAAGUCUCAUAUUCUGGGUCAAGUUAAGCGAAUCCUCGUUAUGCUUUGAAUCUUUGAACAUUCAUCAAAUCUUUUGUUGCUUUGUGAGUGAACACAUAGAGACUCUUGAAGAGAUUGAUAUGGAAUACAAGGAAUUAGCACUUGAAUCAGGAAUUGAAAAUUGGGGUCGUGUUCCUGCUCUGAAUUGCACCUCAUCCUUCAUAACUGAUCUGGCAGAUGCAGUUAUUGAAGUAUUGCCUUCGGCAAUGGCAAUGUCAACGUCCUCUGGCGCAGAGGAAGAAGUUGACAAUGAUCCAAUGCAAUAUUUUAUAAAAAUGCUUUUUGGAUCACUAUUAGCAUUCGUUUUUCUGUUCUCACCAAAGAUGGUAUCGGCUUUUAGGAAGAACAUCCUUUAGGGAGGACAAACACUCCUUUUCAGAAUGGCUGAAAGAUUAGUACAGACUACAGAGAGCAAGAAGCGAUAUUUCAUAUUUGUGGCGCCACCUGAAAGUUUCUUAAUUUUGUGAGCAAUUUACAAGUUUUGUUCUAAUUAAAUAUAUUAGACAUUACUUUUGUUAGAAUGGAUACAACAGUUUUGAAGUGCUAAUAUUCUGUUUUGGGCUCGGUACUUGUACAUAGAACAUGCACAAAUCAGAAAUACAAAAAUCUCUGUGGCCUUGGGUUUCGACCCAUUAGAAGUUGUCUUGUAUUUUUCUCUAAA